UCCAACCAAGGCGAGGAGAUAUCUUUUAAUUCAUUUGUUACAAAAAAAAAUCGUUAUUUCGUGAUAACAACUUAGUUUUUAUUUUUUAUUGAAACGUUAUUAGCGCCGUAGUUAUGCUUUCACUUUGAAGAGGUUAUGAUGUACGUUUUCAAUGUCACAGAGGUUUAUUUAUCCAUCGUUAAUGGACAUCGGUGCUACCGCGACGAAUAUCAAAUCGGAUAUUGAAAGACAAAAUAGUUCGAGUGUAGAUGAGGAACGAAAAGGGUGCGAUAACGUGGGGCUCGAGGUGUACAACGAGUUCGUGGGUGUCUCCAAUAGAGAGUUAGUUAAUUUAGAAAAUGCCGCCGUUAAUAUUGAUAAUUCUAACGACGUUAUUAUCGGACCAGUGACUCAGUUCAAUGUCAACGGCAACGUCACCAUUUAUCAAGGAAAUGACGGACAACCUAUCGGAAUUAAAGAUCGAUCGGAAAUACCGAAUUCAUCUUGUGAAGACCAAUCACCGAGACCUCAAAAAGAAGAACAAGACGGUAGUUUUUCGUCGAAAAGAAAAUUUCCUUUAAAAUAUUAUUUGGGAACGAUCCUCCUUCUCUUCGUAAUAUCCGGAAUCACUGCGAUUCUCGUAUUUCAAUUAAGAAAAAAUACUCAAGAAGAACCAAACGAAUGGUCGGUUACAGAUAGUAUUUCAUUAGGAGAUCAUCGAUUAAUUUCUAAGAAAGAUUGGGGCGGUCGACCGGCUAGGAAGACAACCCCCAUGCCCACCCCCGUUAAUCUCGUAAUUAUCAAACACACCGCUAGCACCGUUUGCGAUAAUUACGAAGCGUGCGUCAAAAAAUUAGUAACCAUACAAACGGACGAUAUGUCCAAUCGAAAUUAUUCGGAUAUUUAUUUCAAUUUCGCGGUUGGCGGGGACGGUAACGUGUACGUCGGAAGGGGCUGGAACGCGAAACCUGCUUCUGGAUAUAACAACAUCGAUUUGGUGAUAAUAGGAAACUUCGGAUUGGAUCCGUUCACUCCGGUAAUGAUAAGCGCCACCAAAGCGUUAUUAGUAUACGGUUUAGAAAAAAAUAUGUUAACGGAAAAUUACAGACUGAUAAAUCAUAAUCAAACGAAGCCAACGUUGAGUCCUGGUGUAAACGUGAUUGUAGAAGUGAGAAAAUGGCCGCAUUACGACGGAAGGAAUUAUAUAGGCCAACCGUUGCCGUACGUUGCGUGGUGUGUCAUAAAGUACGUUGAAUCGUCAGUUUUUGUAUUUAGCGAUAAUAAUUUUGGUUUCAACUACACCUACGACGUUGAAUACUCGAAUUACGUAAAAGAGAAGUUGUUGGAAUUCAAGUUGAAUUUGAAAAAAUACGGUAUUUCGUGGAUAAGUUGUGUAUUAGUGACGGUUUUUCUCAUAAUGACUGUAUUGGAACAAGUAAAUACCGAAUCCGAUCAGAACAACAGUUAUUCAAACAACAACGAAUCUUUUUGCGAUUGUCCGGUGGAAGUUUUCUCUAGAUCUGAUUGGGGAGGUGUGAAUCCGACUGCUACAAAAUCGCGCCAAAAACCUAUACAGUACGUUAUUAUAAAACAUACCGAACUUUAUUUUUGCGAGAACGAAUCGAAAUGUAAAUAUAUGACGAAGAACAUUCAAAAAAGGGAUAUGGCGAAAAAUUUCAGUGACAUUUCUUAUAAUUUUCUCGUAGGUGGGGACGGAAACGUUUACGUAGGAAGGGGGUUUAGUAAAUUAGGUGAAAAUUUGAGUUUAUCUAUCGAUAUAGCUCUUCAUGGAAAUUUCUUUUUCGAUCAAUAUUACGAAUGUAUGAUCGCUGCUACUAAACUAAUUAUAGAUUACGGUUUAGCUACCAAUCAGAUCUCGAAAAAUUAUUCUUUGUUAAGUCAUAAUCAAACUCUAAAAGGUACGGAUAGUCCUGGGAGGAAUGUGUUUAAAGAAAUUGCUACUUGGCAAGAUUAUCAUUAUGAUCGAAAUACGUAUUUUCAUCAGAAUUUUAUUCAUAAAGGAUGCAUCCUCAAACUCUAUAAAGUCUACAUAAAAUUCUACCCGGACGUCAAAAAAAUUUUGUCGAGACUUUUAAUGUCGACUAUAUUAACAAGCUGCGCCCUGUGUUUAUACCUCGGAGUAGUUUCGGAGAAUAAAAUCCAACGCAAACUUCCUUACGACACUAGUAUAUACAAAAAACUAGGAAAUUAUUCGAUUUAUUACAUCGAUCAAUGGGGCGAAGAAAACGGAAUUGAAUUUGACGUAAAUCCGCUUCCCGUGGGACUGGUAAUAAUCGGCGAUACGCAAACCAAAACCUGCGACAACUUCGACGACUGUUCGAAGAUAUUAAAAUCGUAUCAACAAUACGAAAUAAUCAGUUUAGGUUAUAAAAAUAUUUGUGAAAAUUUUUUAAUAUCCACCGAUGGGACUAUUUACGUCGGUAGAGGAUGGGACGUGAGAAACUGUUAUGAUCGAUUGAGCAUAGAAAUAAGUUUCAUAGGAAAUUUUAAUAAGCACAAAAUGUCGAAAGAUAUGAUCACAAGUUUAUUAUUGUUAUUAAAUCAAGGACAGAAAUUGUAUAAAUUACCAAAUGAUUACAUAAUUAUCGCUUUGAAUCAAACUAUAGAUACUUCAAGUCCUGGUAUACACGUGUACGAAGUUAUUAAAAACAUGUGCCAUUUUAGUAAUAUUAAUUUGAAAUCAAGAUUUAGUUAUUAUUUUUUUUCGUUUAUAUACGAUGUAACUAAAUUUUUUAAUAACAUUUUUAGUACCACUAUUUGUUUGCAAACAUUUUCUUUAUAAUAAAUAAUAUUAUUAGUUAUAUUCGUCGUUCCUGUAUUCAAUCAGUGGCGGACUAAGCCCGUCAGACGCUUUGAAGAUUUAAAAAUGUAGUUCAGUACAGUCAUUCAAGCUUAAAAUCCACCGAAACUUUCAUCGAUCUUCUUGAAAAUUUGGAAUUAAGUUCAUCUUACCCUCUUCUUCAAACCUGACUUAAUCGCAAAGUAUUCUUUUUAUUUUUAAGGGGUGAAAAUCACCCCUUACCCCAAUAAAUUGAAAACUAAUGAAUUAAAGCUAUAAUUGGUUCAAAAAUACUAAAUGUUGAUUGUUUUGUAUCGUAACUUCAAUAUUUUGAUAUUUUACAGCUCACUUUUAAUAUUUUUAAUAAUGCAACCACCAAAUAAAUACUCCAAACAGAUCAAAAUUUAGACGUUUCUUGAUUUUCCAGCAUUAUCUCUAGAAAGUAUUCGGUUUUUUAAUAAUAACUCGGCUUCCAUUUAAGAUUUUUGCAUUGAUCUAUACAUCAUUUUGUAGGGAAUUUCAUAAGCUACAAAACCAUGAUAGUUGCAACCCUUUUCUUCUGAGAAUUUUGAUGUUAAAGGGUAAAAAAGACUCUCCCUCAGCAUUGAAAUCAAUUCUUUAAACGCUUAUAUCUCGUUUAAUUUUCAAGCUACAUAAGUUUUAAAAAAUGCAAAAUGUUCAGUAAAAUAAAAGCUAGAUUUUAGUUACAAAAAAAUGUUUUCGUUGAUCCAAUAGUUUUUGAGAUAUUUUAAAAAAAUAACGAAUCGAAAUAAUUUUUUCAAAAUAUACGUAUUGCAAACCAUUCAAACUUUUGGAACUUGUUGUUAGGGCUUAAACAAAGAUAAUUUUACAUGGGCUACGAUUAAUUUUAAUUUUGCCGUGCAUAGUGUCAAAUUUAUCGACAUUUUUUUUUCAAAUUCGAGUUGUUGAUAGAAGCAGUGUUGAUAUAUGAGAGUGAUCGCCAUUUUUAACCCAAACUCGGCUGAUUUAGCAUUUAUUCUGAUGAUAACGCUCAUAAAAUCGUAAUUUUUAUCCUCAAACACUUUUCAAGAGGUCAGUAGUAUUUUUAACUGGAAAAAUAAUACGAAAAUUAUUUAUUUUGUAUCGUAGUUUAGGUUAAACAUGGCGGCCACUGUAAAUACUUAUGCCAUCUAUUAACUAGUAUACGAACUUUAAGAUUAGAUUAUUAACUACUAAAAUACAGUUACCUACAAAAAAUUAUUUGUUUUCAACGUAUUUAUAUACGAAGUGGGCGGCAUCUAUUGAUUUUCUUUCAAACUUCAAUAGAGGUGAACAAUAAAGUUAAAAUACGGACUAUUUUUUUGUUUUAUAAACAAUAGAAAAUGUUAAUUGAAAUUUCUUCGUCCCGUACUUACAUAAACAAAUGCAUUUCCAAUGGUUAACUGCAUUAUUCAGAUUAAUUGUGAUCUAAUGAGGGUGAGAAGUUAAACCUGACGUCUGUAGACACCAAUUUAAUGGUUUUAAUACAGAUACGUAUUCUUUAUAAUAUCGAAUUUGUAACCGAAAAUGAAAGUUGAAACUCAAACUACGAUUUUAAUGUGAAAAUUUAUUUCUAAAUAAAUAAUCGGUGAUUUACUAAGCCCUAAGAACAUUUUUUUAUUGUGAACGUGCAGUGGAUUUGUAAACUUUGAAUUUUACAAGGGGUGUUUGGAAAGUAAUAUACAAAAAGGCGAGUGGAGAAGUUUUUGGUAAUCACAUGCUGUAAAUCGAGUAUUUACGAGAUUCUAAGGCAUGGUAAUUUGUUAAGACUCGAUUUUUUUGGAAAAUUUUUGUUUCUUCGUUUAAAGGUAUUUUUUUUUUUCAAAUCUUUCCUUGUUGCUAAUCGACACCAAAAUUUUUGUUAUUUUAGGAACCAGAUUAUGUUAUUGUUAAGUUACUUUUCCGCAAUUAAGAAAAUAAGUUGAUAAUUUACGUUUUACAUAAAAAAAUUGCAUCCAACUUUUAGUUAAUAUUGCAGUAUGUUUGUUAAGGUAUUUGGUGUUAACAAAAUGUGAUCAAACGAGAUUUUUAAUCACUAACGACCCGUUUUAAUGUCGGCUAGUGUAUAUUGCAUAGAACUCGAUAAUUUUUUCCAAUAACUUCUCAACUCUAUUCCUAAUUUCGACAAUAACUGUAUUAUAGUAUAUUUCUAAUGAAAUCGUUAAAUUAUUUAGUGUUUCUAAAAAGUUGUAUUUGACUUUUUGUUCUUAGCACACAAACACAUCUAGGAAAUUACACAAAUAGAGAAAAUCUUACCAAAAUCACUAAAAACACAUAAAAAAACUAAACAUCAUCAAACACCCUUACAAAUUAAAUUGUUUACAGCUAUAGAAGCCAAAUUCAGUGCCUUCUAGUGACACGUGUUUUUCGCCAAUAUUUAGAUAGAUCACGACAAUGUUAUUUAUUUUAAACAAAUUAACUACCAAUUUGACAACCUUCACAAAAAAGAAGGGAGUUUAAUCGUUGUAAAUGAGUCAUCACAAAAAUAUUUCACACUAGGCCUCGUGUUAGCUAAAUCCGGCACUGAACGUCAGUGUAAUUACAGUAGUAAAUAAUGUUCUAACCUCAAAUUCGGAUUAUAUGUAGUAUCAUAGAAAUAUCUCAACCCCAGCCCAAAAUAAAUUAAUAAAUACCACUUUUCGUAUUUGUAAUUACGAUUUAUUAAAGAAAUAUUGAAUAAAAUAUAAUAUUAAUAAA